CUCACUGGUUAUCUUCCCCUUUCUCCUAUCAUGAAGAAUUCAAUGUUAUACUUUUCAUUUGCUCUUCUUUAUACUUUUCUCUUAUCAACACAUGUCUUAACUCAUGAAAUACCAAAUAAUGAGGAGAGAAUUCCUGCGCAAAAUAACGAUGCAUGGCCUUAUGAGUUAGAAGGUUCAACAAGUAACUCAAUUGGUUAUUAUCUUCCCAGUGACUACUUUCAAGAAGCUAAUCCUUCUUUGGUACCUAACGCUAAAAAGGGUCACUAUACUACUCGUUUGAUUGGCUAUACUCCCAGUGACUAUCAACUUGACAAAACAAUGAUAGAUAUUAAUUUUCCGGGUGGUAGAAUAAAUUUCCCUUGGCCAUUUUCAAGUUCUAUGUUUGUGACACCAAAAACUGAAGCAAGCCCUCUUUAUACUACUACUUCGACUAGUUACCAUCCUGCCAAUCAAUAUCCAUCAUACUUCGGAGAUACUGAGAAUCCUAAAAGUAGAAGAACGAUGAGAAAUCGUAAAUUUAUGAUGGAGCCUUCGGAAGUUAAUGAAAAGUUUACUCCUAUUUUUCCAAGAAAGACUUCCAACAUGAUACAUGGCGGUAAAGGAUAUGGAGACAUUGAUGAGGAGACAACAACCUAAUACCAACCUAUCAAUCAUAUACAUAUGUAACCAAAUAUAUA